AUGAAGAAGAUACUCGAAGCGGGUCCUAUUGAUCCUCAGAUCGGCAUUCUUCGCUACAAACCGGAUCAUGAAUAUGUCUCAUGGGAUCCCAAGGUCAUGUCGGCCGGUGAACGUUUCAGACACUUCUACCGACGCGAUGGCCGACAGUUCCAACAACGUGAAGAUUUCUUUGCGCACUUUGCUGAAGAAGAUCCCAUGGAAGAGUACGGCCCGUUCUCGGACGAUAGUUCCUUUACAGAAGAUAAUAUCUCGGAGCACAACGGGUUUUUCUUGGAAGAAUACGACGACUCUGACGACAUGGACGAUUCAUCCUCGGAGCAAUUCUCUGAAAAUGCCUCAGUUGCCGACCAUUAUUCGGCAGGCGAAGCUUCCGAUGACGCAGAAAGCUCCAAUGACGAUGCAAACCUAAACGUGGCUGGUGGCCUUGGUACCAAUGGCGGAAACAAUUUCGGCGACAACGAUGACGACGGAGACUUGGCUAGCGAUGACGGGAGCGGGCUGGACGACGAGGCCAUGUUCGAAGAGUUUGAAGAGGUGGAAAGGGAGAUGAUUGGGAUCAUCCGUUAUCCUGACCAGGACGACUAUGACGAAGUGGAUGAGCACGAUAUCAAGGGUCUGUAUUGGUUCCCAGUUCAUAUUGCUGCAAGAUGCGGCAAUCUAUCGGCCCUUAAACUGCUUGUCGACUUUGGCGCAUUGCUCAAUAUAUCGUCGAAGGGAUUCUGCUGCCGAAAUCACGACACGGCACUUUACUGGUCGAGUUGGGACGAUACGCACCCGGCCUGGACGCCAUUCCACGUCGCUCUAUGUCAUGGGCACCCAGAGGUGGUCAAGUACAUGCUCAAGGCGUGUCCGCACAUACAGGAACGCCUACUUAGCUACGACGAACCGCCGUGGUCUAUGCUGCCUGUGUUCAUCUCUGCUAUACGGCACGGCUAUCCCAAACUGGCCGAAUUCUCUCUGGAGCAGGGUAUUGACGAUGCCACUGAUGGCGACCCUGACCUCUCUGGCGCCACUUUACUCUGGAGAGCAUUCUGGGAGACAGACAGAUUCAAAGAGGCUCUUGCAAUCCUGCUACGACACGGAUCUGAUAUAAAUCACGAUUUGGGACAAGGACAUACAUUGCUUGUAGAGGCCUGUCUGCGCGGCAACUUUGAGGAAGGGAUCGCUUUGGUGAAUGCCGGAGCAGAUGUUACAGUCGUUCUUCACAGCCCCGGUCCCGCCACCGCGUUGGACUACGCUUGGGAUGAUAUGAUCAAUUCAGUCGCGAGGUUCCCUGGUCGUAUAGAAGGAUGCGGGGUCCUCGACAUAUGUUGUGGCAUGCCGCCCAUAAUGGUCCAAAGGGGCAUGGCUCCAGCUCCUCAGAGACCUCCAUCACCGGCGUCUGCUCCCGAUAUAAUCCGUCUUCUUCUCAACUCCAAGGCACUGCACGCUACAAAACAAAGUCCACUUCAUAUUGCAGCUGCAGCCCAUAAUUCCAAGGCUCUGAAAAUCCUGCUCAAUUUCGGUAUGGAUCCUACAAGCCUGGAUGAGGAGGGGUCCAGUGUACUAUUCCUUGCAGCAACGACCGAAGGCAGCUCUGCUCCACCCCAUGAGUUUGGCGAGACGAUUUCUAUUAUUGCAAAGCAUUUGCGACAGAGACGAGGCACAGAAAGUGCGAUGGGCACCUCCACGAGGGCUGGCGCCGACGAGGCAACGACCAAUGGAGACGUUGCCCUUCGAAACCUCAUGGAGAACGAAACCGUAUCGGGGAAUCUUAACAGAAAGCUAGCGCGACACGCCGCUGCGUUGAAGCUGAUCGAGGAGGGACUCGCUGAUAUCAACACUCGAGACAAAUUCGGCCGUACAACUCUCAUGCUUCUCGUCGCUGAGGGAGAUGUUGCUUCUGCCCGUCAACUAAUGCAACGUGGAGCUCAAGUUGAGUGCGGUCCGGAAAGAGAUGAUUUACCUGCAAUGUGGGUCGGCUUUAUCAUGGAUGAGUAUGGGCAUAAUGCAAUGGAAACCUACAGGUUCCUCAGUACACUCGAUUCUGAGAAACGAAUUUUGAGGGACCCGCAGUUUCUCGCAUUCGCUAUCUACGACAAUCGAGCCGCUAUAGUUGAUAUGAUGCUCCCGUCUUUUGAACCCGACACUCUGAUCCUGACUGGCGGGAAAGUCUGGAGGGAGAUUGGCGACAGACAAGCUGCCAUACUAGCCAACGAAACCAAUAACGCCGAGUCAAUGUUCGAGGCCUACAGACCUCAGAUACCCCAUCGUGACGGUUGGACGUUGUUGCACAUAGCGGUUGAAUUCGGCUUUCAGCGCGCGGUAGAGAAGCUUAUCAGCGACCUAGGAGCGGACGCCAACCAGCCAAACCCAGACAGUCACAGCCCGUUACACAUCGCCAUCAAGACGGAUUCUCUGGACAACGAAUCCAUGAUCCGUCUGUUGUGCAAACACGGGGCGGAUCCCCAUACGAGCUCUGGUGAGACAACCAAAUCGCCGGUUGAUUACGCGAUACAGGAAGGUUACUCCUGGAUGGUUCCAGACCUGCUUCGAGAACACCCGAUAAAGGGAGACCCAAAAGCCCAGAGCAAUCUGUACCUCCAUUCCAUCAUCUCGACUCAGAUAAAAGGCAGGCCUGGCGUCGCCCGCGACGCACUUCCGCCCCUGAUCCGAGCCGGGGCAGACGUCAAUGAAACAGACAGCAACGGAGACACUCCCCUAUCUUUUUUCAUCAAAGAAGCUUUGCGGCUUGAAAAAGAGUGGGACCUCUCUGGUCUUGGUGCGUGUGUUACCAUGUUGACUGUGCCGACUUUGAUCAGGAGUGGCGCGAGACCAAGCGUCCGCAACACCGAUGGCAAGACUGUGCUUGAUAUGAUGGAUGCGGUCAGGAAUCGUGAUGUUGGGCCAUACAGUCUCGGAACUUUCCUCCGCUCGACUCUGCUCUACGAGAUCAUGUUGUAUCGGAAGAGCAUUGGUAUGUAA